AGUUGCUAGAAGCAACAGGAAGCGAUAACCCAAAAAGAGCCCUGGCUGGGGACAGAAACCAGCAGUGGAGGCCUACAUCAUACUGCUCGGCUGCCUUUUCCACACCAGAGCCACUGCUGGGCUGCAAAGUUCAGGCCGGACACGACCUGCCGCUUCUGACCCGGUUCUGGAGGAGUUAGAUAGUACGUGGCAAGUUAGUGAACAUGUCCUCAUAAAUCUGAAGUACCUGCUGCCACAGAGAAGAAACGGGCGAGUCUGAGCUUGGUCAUGGCCCAUGCCACCAGUAUCCAGUAUGAGCCAGUGGCAGAGAUCGGAGGAGGCGCUUACGGGACUGUUUUUAAGGCCCGAGACAUACAGAGCGGACAAUUUGUUGCUCUAAAGAGUGUACGUGUCCAGACAGACCAAAAUGGCCUGCCAAUCUCCACAGUCAGGGAGGUGGCUGUAUUGAAAAGGCUGGAGCAGUUUGACCACCCAAAUGUGGUCAGGCUCAUGGAUGUAUGCGCCAUCCAGAGGUCGGACCAGGAGACUAAAGUCACUCUGGUGUUUGAGCAUGUGGACCAAGACCUCAAGACGUACCUCGAGAGAACUCCAGCUCCUGGAUUAUCUCCUGAACGCAUCAAAGACCUGAUGAGGCAGUUGCUGUGUGGUCUUGCAUUCCUUCACUCUAAUCGUGUGAUGCACAGAGACUUGAAACCAGAGAAUAUUCUGGUAACCAGUCAGGGCCAGGUGAAACUGGCUGACUUUGGACUGGCCAGGAUCUACAGCUGCCACAUGGCCCUCACCCCUGUGGUGGUGACACUGUGGUAUCGGCCUCCUGAGGUUCUGCUACAGUCCAGUUAUGCCACACCUGUGGACAUCUGGAGCACUGGCUGCAUCUUUGCUGAGAUGUUCAGGCGCAAACCUUUGUUCUGUGGAGAAUCAGAAGUGGACCAACUUGGGAAAAUUUUUGAAGUUAUUGGCUUGCCACCAGAAGAGGAGUGGCCGACUGAUGUUACACUGACAAGAAAAAACUUUCCCCCCAACAUGCCACGGCCAAUCGCUGACUUUGUUCCAGAGAUUAGCGAGCAGGGGGCGCAACUAUUGCUGAAAAUGUUGACGUUUGACCCCUUGAAACGAAUAUCAGCCCUGAAUGCACUAGAACAUUCCUAUUUCCAGGAUGGGGAGACAUUGAGUCAGACAAAAGCUAAAGUGAUGCAAUGAAACAUGCAGCGAGAGGUAGCUGUGUCUAAAUUUAGACCUGACCUAACCAUAAGGAGUUUCACAAUCAUUUAGUGCACUGCCAUUCGAGACUUCUGGUUUUAUGCUUUGGAAUUUUUUUUGUUAUUCCUGCAUUUAAACAUUGCUGUAUUUAAAUCAUGUGGAAAUGAAAGAAUAGUUUCCAGUAGACCCAUAUGGCACAACGCCUGGCGUUUUAAGGUAGAGCAUCGCCAGCAUGGAGGUCAGUGGAAAGAUAAGGAUGGUUCACAUUUGUUCUGGAUGCUGUGGCCUUCAUAGUCACUUCUGCCCUGAAAUAACAAAAUAAACUUUUUUUUUUUUG